GGCCUCCCCGAGCGCCGCUGUACCGAGUUCGGCACCGCUCCGGUGCCCCGAGAGGCCGGGCAUUCCUUCGCCCGCUCCCUGUCCCCUCCCUUGCGCUCCUGCCCCGUCCUUGUCCCUUUCCCCUCCUCAAUCCCUCCCGCUCCUCGGGGCGCCCUCAGGCGCUGCCGGGGGCGGGGCCGCCCCUUAGCCCCGCCCCUCAGGCGGGCCCCAUAGGCCCCCGCCGCUGCCAAUCAACGUGUCCCGCCUUUCCCCCCGCUGCUGAAUCAACCGCCGAGCAGCAGAUUGCGGCGGCCAUCGAUUCCCUCGGCCGGCCCUGCCGCCCCGUCCCGCGCACAUCCCGAUCCCGGUCCCGGUCCCGGUCCCGGUCCCGGUCCCUGGUCCUGCCCGGGUGAUGUGAGAGGACGCGCGGCCGAAGGUGCCCGGGCAGCGCCGCCGCCCAUCGCCUGCAAGGGCGGGCGCAGCCGCGGCCGCGGCCGUGUGGCUGCAGGCGCUCCUCAGGGAGAGCGGGAAGGGGCACGGCUGCUCCCCGCCCGCCCCGCGCCGCCGGUCCCGCCCGGCUCUCCGUGCCUUUAGCGUGUGCCUGCCCGUCCCGCGGGGCCAUGGAGCGCGCGUUCACGCCGCUGGAAUGCCUCCUGCCCGCCGGGAACCUGAAGUUUUGCCUUCUGAUUCUGAACCAGCCUUUCAACAAAGGUCAUUUUCAUUGUCUGUGGAGCAGAGCUGCCCUGAGAGCUUGUGCUGAUGGAGGUGCCAAUCGUCUCUACCACAUCACAGAAGGGAGCCAGGAAAGCUUCUUGCCUGAUUACAUCAGUGGUGAUUUUGACUCCAUCCAGCCAGAAGUCAAGGAGUACUACAAGGUCAAGGGAUGUGAGUUAAUUGAGACCAUGGAUCAGGACCUCACAGAUUUCACCAAGUGCCUUCAAAUACUCCAGAAAAAGAUAGAGAAGAAAGGCCUCCAGGUUGAUGUGAUUGUGGCUUUGGGAGGACUCGGAGGACGCUUUGACCAAACAAUGGCAUCGGUAGAAACGCUUUUUCAUGCAACAAGUAUCACUCCUUCUCCAGUGAUAGUUAUCCAGGACUGCUCACUGAUCUACCUGCUUCAGCCUGGCAAGCACAGGCUGCGAGUGGACACAGGACUGGAGGGCUCCUGGUGCGGCCUCAUCCCCAUCGGGAGCCCCUGCGAGAGCGUGACCACGACAGGACUGAAGUGGAACCUCAAUUUCUGCACUGUGCUGCAGUUAUGCUCCCAGCUCCUGAACUUCAAAUGGCAGGACUCUUCCAUUUGCAGUAAUGAAACUAACCAGGUGCUGAAGUUUGGAACACUUGUCAGUACUUCCAACACCUAUGACAACUCUGGGACUGUGACCAUCGAGACAGACAGACCUUUGCUGUGGACAAUGGCUAUCAAGAGAUAGAAUCAGCUACAGCUGCCUUUUCUGAUCUGACACAAUUCUAAUUACUACAAUAUUUCACUGAAUUAAGACAGUAAGAAUUAAGCUGUUGCAAGAUAUAAGCAGGCACUGAUCUUCUGUAUUGAAUGAAAAACAAGUCUGAAAUAAAAGUCACUUGAGAUUGAA